GUGUCAAAAAUGAUAUGUAAUGUCAGUAACACUGAAAGAGACAUUUUGGUCUUUCCCACAUUCUAUCGACUGUUGAGAAAUCAAGUAAGUAGAACAAAUAAGUAUGCACAUGUUCCAUACCAUGUCAAUAGCUCAAGUUAAUCUAUGGAUUAUCCGCCCUUUCCUCAUUCCAAAGUCAAUACAAGGAACACUGAAGAAACUCUUAACAGUGUCGUGUCAGCAAGAGAGAUCACUCUCAUCACACCUGUCAACCUUAAAACUAAAAGGGCCCUCUCAACAGAACAAGUUUCCCAACACAGAGGAACAAGGUGGACGUCGUUUACACAGCAGAGGAAAUUUUCAGAAGAUUUUGACUGUCGGUGUUCCUUUACGAAGCUAUGUGUCACAGAAGGAUUACCAGUUUCCUGUUGUGGACGAGGACGAGUUGGAGGAGCAGUAUGUCCGAGGCAGUGGCCCGGGAGGUCAAUCGGUCAACAAGACGGCCAACUGUGUGGUGCUCAAACACGUGCCCACAGGGAUUGUUGUGAAGAGCCAUGAAUCCCGAUCCCUGGACACCAACCGACGGACAGCCAGGCUGAAACUACGGGACAAACUAGAUCUGCUGAUAAACGGGGAAAACAGCUUCCAGAUGAUGCAGCGCAGGGAGGAGACAAAGCGGAGAAUACAGAAGAAGAAGAAGACAAACGAGAAACUCGGACUGAAAAGAGCUUUCAAGCAAGAAAUGGAGAAGAUUAAAGAAGACUACUGUAAGUUUUUGAUGUCUUUCAAUACAACUGUACACAACAAAAUGGCGGACAGAUUUGUUGCAAAGAGAGACAGGUUUAAUAGCAUCACAUUCAAUGUCAGUGAUCAAACCUUUGCCAGUGAUGAAGAACUUAUCCAGAGUCUUGAAGCGGCCCUGACUGAGUGGAGGGCAGGCAAGGUCCGAGGAGUUUGGAUUAAGAUCGGCUUACAGCAGACAUCACUGGUGCCGAUGCUUGUCAAGCUGGGGUUUGACUUCCACCAUGCCCAACCUGGGUAUGUGAUGAUGAGCGUGUGGCUACCAGCAGAUGAACCCAACAACCUGCCCGAGUAUGCCAACCAGUAUAUUGGUGUUGGUGGGUUUGUAGUCAAUAGUAACAACCAGGUGCUGGCAAUACAGGAGAGGUUUCAGAGUCGGCCACACUGGAAACUUCCUGGUGGACACGCAGAUAAAGGUGAAGAUAUUGGCGAGACAGCUAAGCGAGAGGUGUUUGAGGAAACGGGUAUAGAGUGCGAGUUUGAGUCGAUACUGACUUUCCGUCACCAGCACAACUACCGCUACGGCUGCUCCGACAUCUACUUUGUGUGUGUGAUGAGACCACGCAGUGACGACGUCAAGCCCUGUCAGCAUGAGAUCGCCAAGUGUCAGUGGAUGGAUCUGGAUGAGUACAUAAACCACGAGGAGAUGUCGGUGGGUAACCGUCACAUCGCACAGUGCUACAAAGACAGCUUGGGACACGGAGGCCUUGCAGUAGUCCCUAGUCCAGUCAUCUCAUUCAACGGCAAAGUUUACAAUAAAAUGUACAGCGUCCAGCACAAGGAUAAAGUCCAGACCAAUAUAGACUAGCGUACGUCUUAGGAAUAACAUUAUUGACUCAAUCAAUGGGUCAGAGAGUGUGUACAUGUUCAUAUAUAAUUUAACUGCAGGGUAUUAUUAGUUGCACAGCCAUUUGCCAGGUAGUAUUAGAUGGUACAAAGGCCAAGGGAAAUACAGAUUCAAACGGGUUGUACCAUCCCAUAGUACCUGGCAAAUGGCAGUAUUACCAUUUAGAUUUUUAGGUGCCAAAAUCUAGUAAAUGUCAUAACAGUUAUUGUCCCCCGCCGCAAUGCGGAACGGGUGACUAUGUAUUCAGUGGCGUCCGUCCGUUACGUCCCGAUUCUUGUUAACGCGAUAUCUCAUGAACUGUUGUACCGAAUGUCUUCAUAUUUGGUGACAGCCUACAUUGAGGGAUUACACAGACACCAGAUGAUCUUGGUGACCUUUACCUUAUGUUCAAGGUCACCACGACACUUUGACCUCUUUUUAUACUCUUGUUAACGCGAUAUCUCAUAAAACAUUGCACCCAAUGUCU